AUGACUACAGACAAAGUGUUUAUAUUAGAAAAGGAUUUAUGUAGAUGCUGUCAUGGAGAAGGCACAUUUGAAAGUUUAUCUGCUUCAGAUAAGUGUACUAGUUACAAUACAAUGUUAAAAGAAUGCUUUAAUAUAGAAAUAACAGCCUUAAUUGACUAUGCUAGUGCGUCAACAUUCAAUAUAUGUCCUCAGUGUGUUGUUCAGUUGAAAGCAGCUGAUCUGUUUAAAAAACAAGUACUGAACUGUGAAGAACGGUUCUAUGAACUGUAUCGUAGACUCAGCCCUGAUGAUGCUUUCGAAGAUACAAAGGUCAAAGCUGAACUGGAACCUAUACAAUUUGAUCAUGAGUAUAAUAAACAAAAUGAAGGUGAUCACAAUACAACAGACUUUAAAGGUGAAUCUGAAGAUGAAAUAAAUUUAAACUCAUUAAAAAAAGUAAAGAAGAAAUGUAACUAUAAGAAGAAAAACCAAUUAAAAACUGAAGACUUAGAUGUUGCAGAUAACCCAGAAAAGAACAUAGAAGGCAUAAAGAAUAUUAUAAAAUUAAUCGUGACGUUGUCUACAGCGACGCCGUUCAGGUGGCACUGCAAUAAAUUUAGGUGUUUCCACUGCGACCAGUUGUUCAACAAAAUGUCAGAAUUGAAGCAGCACAAUUAUGAACACUAUAACGUCAAUUCACAACAGUGUGUAAAUAACGCCAAAGUAAAAUUCGAAAUAACAGAUCUAUCGUGCAAAAUUUGCCCGAAGAGCAUGGCAACACUCGACGAUUUCCUAGAUCACGCUGUCAUUGCGCACAACCAGAAGUACGAUGUCGCCAUACGCGAUAGCAUUUUCGCCUACCGCAUCACAGAUACGCAAACUGCCUGCCCAGAGUGCGACCACAUCUUCUCAUUUUUCGGAAACUUGUUAUCCCAUCUAUAUAAGACCCAUGUUAAGAGUGGUCCGUUUCUAUGCGACGCUUGUGGCAAGGGCUUCCUAACGAAGUUCCUACUACGGAACCACUUAAAAUCCGCUCACAGUGAUACCAUGUACAAUUGUAAACAGUGUAGUCAGACUUUUAAAACGUACGGCGCGUAUUCUUACCAUAUACAAUCGCACAAAGGCCUUUACGCAUGCCCGCAGUGUCCGGAAAAGUUUUCCUCGUUCUAUUUGCGUAAGCGCCAUCUAGGUUUAGUGCACGACAAGUCGUUGUUACUAACCUGCGAAUUGUGUUCCAAGACCUUUGUCAAAUACAAUUGUUUGAAAUUGCAUCAAAUGUCGUCUCAUCACAAUGACAAACCGAUUUCGUGCGACUUGUGCGAUUAUAAGUGCGUAAACAAGUCUUAUUUGAACCGGCACAUGCUCAAACAUUCCAAUAUACGCCCGUUUCAGUGCCACAUUUGUGCAAAGUCAUUUUAUCGGAAGGAACACUUAGAGAAUCAUGUAAGGACACAUACGAAUGAUAAACGGUAUGCUUGUAAGGAGUGCGAGAAGAGGUUCGUGCAGUCUGCAGCUCUUAAAACUCAUGUGAGAGUGCACCAUCCUAAUGUAGAUACGUAA